AUGAAUAGUUUUGGAUUUGUAGCCGCUUUGGCGGUAGUUUGUUUGGCUAAGGUCGAAGCAGUACCAUGUGUUGGAUGUCCAUUACCUUGCUACGCACCACCAUUAGCUCCUCCAUGCCUUCCACUCCCAUGUCUUCCAGCCCCACCAUGCCUACCACUCCCAUGUCUUCCAGCCCCACCAUGCCUACCACUCCCAUGUCUUCCAGCCCCCCCAUGCUUACCACCCGCAUGUCUUCCAGCCCCACCAUGCUUACCACCCACAUGUCUUCCAGCCCCACCGUGCCCACCAUGCAUUCCAUCUCCACCUAUUAGUCCAGCGGCAUUAGCAUCUUUAUUGGCUACUCUUAAAGCUGCGGCACCUUACUCGCCCCUUACUCCACUCCCUGUCGCCCCACCCAUGACACCGGCCUAUGGACCCGCUCCGACCGUAGCUACAACCCUGUCAGUACCCGCACCCGCACCUCAGGUCAUCGCUCCAGGACCAGCACCGGGACCAUUGAUAAUCCAAAUACCUUCAGUAGCCGGAAAGUGCGCACCAAUCGUCGUUCCCGCCGGUCCAGCCCCUAAUCUGCUCGUCAAGCUGACUCAAUGUCCAGCACCCGCCCCAAUAAUACUUCCAGGUGCGGCACCCGGACCUAUCGUCAUCAACGACGGAAACGUAGUUAAGGAACAGUCUAUCACGUGCGCACCAGCUCCACAGUCGAACAAAAUAUUCUUCGCAUUGCCAGCCCCAUUACCGACUCCACCGGUCGUUUUGCCACCAGCGCCAUUACCAAAAGUAUUCUUCAACCCCGGUCUGUACGUCCAAAAACCUGAUAUCGUUUACCAAACCCCAGUUGGUCUACCACAAUUGUUUUUGAUUCCAUCACCUUGCGGAUGUCCAGCACCGUGCUACCCACCACCCGGUCCAUGCAACUUGCCACCAGUCCUCGCUAAGGUCCCUGCUUGCUGUUGUUAG